AUCAACCCUGAAUCAUUCUCGAGCCUGGAAUCAUCAGUUUAACCUUUGGCUUUGAUUCUCCAAUCUCCUCGAAUUCGGAGGAAAGGAAAGGGGCGAGCUGAAGAGAAAGCCGAAGGAUCGAGCGAUACACGGCCGAUACGAAUCGGUCGUCACUACGGUUACGACGAACCGGUCAGCGAUACCGUCAUUUCUCUACGGCGCCCCUUGAAUCCAAGCUUAUCUCUAUUAUAAAUUUUUGUUUACUCUCACUAUGAUGCAUAUCCUAGCGUUGACUGUAAUAUUCUGCGAGUCUUGUGUUAUCACUUUUCGCCUCCUCAGAACAUGAGUAGUCUUGUAUUUGAACAAUGAAACACAUCACCACGAUAAAUCAGUGCAGACGAUAAAUAAAAUGUAUAUGUGACGAAUUGUUUUCCAGCAUAACUCAAAAUGAAGUACUUAGUGGCCUUGGUUUUUCAUGUGACUUGGCUGCUUGGCCUCUCCGAUGGAUUCUACGUCCCUGGUGUCGCUCCGGUGGAGUAUACGGACGGGUCUCCGAUCGAAGUCAAGGCAGUUAAAAUGACUAGCACUAUGACCCAGCUUCCUUACGACUAUUACACAUUACCUUUCUGCCGACCACCUAAAGGCAUUGUGUACAAGUCUGAAAACUUAGGUGAAGUUCUAAGAGGAGAUAGGAUUGUAAAUACGCCUUAUGAAGUGAAUAUGAAAACAAAUGUGUCUUGCAAGGUUUUGUGUACCAAUGGGGAGAAUUCGAUUAAAAUGCUCACAUGGGAUGGUCCGGAUUUGAAAAAAGUUAUAGAAAUGAUCCGAGAGGAAUAUAUCGUCCAUUUAAUAGUGGACAAUCUUCCAUGUGCGACGAUGUUGUGGACAGCACCGGAAAAUGGCAAGUUGCGUUAUGGAUAUACAGGCUACAGGCUUGGAUAUGUACUUGAUAAUAAGGUCUAUAUAAAUAAUCAUCUAAAUCUUAUCCUUCAUUAUCACACAGUCAGCAAAGACGAGCAUAGAGUUGUCGGAUUUGCGGUCGAAGCGAAAUCUGUCGACUUGAUGGGUCUGUCAUUUGGAAAUAACCAGUGCUUUAUGGAUGGGAAAAAUGAAAAAGCUCAGGAACUCGUUGAACCGAGUACAAAUUUGGUCUUUUCUUAUUCUGUUAGCUGGGUGGCGUCAAACGUGAGUUGGGCUUCACGUUGGGACAUUUACCUUGAGAUGACUGAUGUCGAAAUCCAUUGGUACUCCAUCGUUCACUCGUUAGCUGUUAUCAUCUUUCUUUUUGCAACUUUCACGGGAAUAAUGAUCAGAACAUUAAGAAGAGAUAUUGCAAGGUACAAUUCUGAUGAGUUUAUUGAGGAAGCGCUUGAAGAAUCAGGUUGGAAGCUGGUUCAUGGGGACGUUUUCCGACCUCCAAGGAAUACAAGAUUUUUUGCUGCUGUUAUUGGCUCGGGAAUUCAGAUUCUGAUCAUGGCACUUAUAACGCUUUUUUUUGCCAUGCUAGGAAUGUUGUCUCCAGCAUCACGGGGUGCGCUUAUGACUGCAGCUAUAAUGCUUUACGUCUUUUCUGGUUUAAUUGCAGGCUAUAUUUCUGCACGACUGUAUAAAACGAUGAAGGGCCGAGAAUGGAAGAGAACAGCUUUUUUGACUGCUACAUUUUAUCCAGGCAUUGUUUUUGGAGUUUGUUUCUUUUUGAACUUCUUCAUCUGGGGUAAACAUUCAUCUGGUGCGGUCCCAUUCUCGACAAUGGUUGCCCUUUUGGUAAUGUGGUUCGGGGUUUCAUUGCCGCUUGUCUACCUCGGCUAUUUCUUUGGCUAUAGGAAACAGCCUUUUGCCCAGCCGGUGCGUACCAAUCAAAUCCCGAGGCAAGUGCCGGACCAAGUUUGGUAUAUGAAUCCAAUUCUCUGUGUAUUAAUGGCAGGAAUGCUCCCUUUUGCUGUAGUCUUCAUCGAACUCUCAUUUAUAUUUACAGCAAUUUGGCAGAACCAAAUCUAUUAUAUGUUCGGGUUUUUAUUUCUUGUUUUUCUCAUUUUGGUUAUAUCUUGUGCUGAAAUAUCAUUGGUCGUCAUUUACUUCCAACUUUGUGGUGAAGAUUACAAUUGGUGGUGGAGGUCGAUGAUGGUGCCCGGUGGUUCUGCAAUAUACGUUUUUAUAUAUUCUGUCUUUUACUUUUUUUCAAAUCUACAAAUCACAGAGUUCAUUCCGACACUGCUUUACUUCAGUUACACUCUUCUUAUGGUAUUGACAUUCUGGCUGCUGACCGGUACCAUAGGAUUCUUCGCCGCAUAUUCGUUUAUUAUAAAAAUAUAUGGAGCUGUGAAAAUAGACUAGUUUGUGAUUAAAGUGAAAUUGUUUCUUUUUUCUUCUUGUGUUUUGUUUCUUGAAGAAUAAACUCAGUUUAAUAAUAUUAGAAGUGAAACUGCACGGAAUAUCCAGCCUAAGUUAGACUGAUCAAUGAACUAAUUUAUUAAGAAUAAUUAAUUAUUAAAAUUUGUAUACAUUUUUAUGGUUGUGAAUGUUGUCAUCCAGUGAUGUAUUAAACAGAAAAGACAUUUAUAUGCGAGUAAAUUUUUUUGCCAUUUAAAAACUUUUACAUUGAUGUUUUGUAAGUUAAAAACUUAUCAAAUUUAAAGUUUUUGUGUGUAUAAUCUGGUGCAGCAAUGAUAUUACAUUUCAUCGCAUUUGCAUGUAUGUCUGUCAAAAUGGAUUUGUAGUCAUUCAACAGUGACAAGUUGCUUAUAAAACAAUCAUUUUUAAAAUUUAAAAUUUGAGAAUAUAUCGAAAUUGAUAUUAAUUUUUGUUAUUGAUGUUUAUCAGAUUUGUUAGGUCUAUCAUUUUUGUCUUAUAUACUAAUAAACGUUUAUGGAUUUAUUUU